CCCAAAUCGACCGAAUGAACACAACUAUACCUUUAGAUUGUAGCAUGCUAAUGGUCAUGGAGGAUUUACUCUUCAGAAGAAUUUCAAUCAUCCUCAUAGACACAGUCAACGCAUUCCGAUAAUGGCGGCCAUUGUAAUUUAAUCAAAUCAAUUCUCAGUCUUGAACUCUUUAAUAACAGAUCACUAUUGAGUGCCUUCUCUCACUCUCGAUCUCCAGUGAAUUCGCAGUAUAAAAUUCCUCCAUUCAACCAUAUUUUCCGCACAAUCUCGAUAAAUCAAUCUAUUUCUCCUUAAUUUCCAUCUGGGUAUGUUCUUAAAGCCCGAUUUCUCUUCGAAAUUUGAUUUAAAUCAUCCUAUUUCAUCAUCUAUUUGCUAAAUACUGUCUACAUCUUCAUGUAUUAGUAACUAAUCUCUUGUUUUUUUCCGUGAUCUUGUUCAGUAAUUCAUCUUUGAUGUUAUUGUUGAUCAAUUUUAAGCUUAUUAGGCCUCAUCUCAUGUCAAUUGCUAAUUUGAGAAGAUGAGUGGUCGCUCCUUUGGAGUUGGUUCUCCAAAGACUUUCGAUGCUUACCCAAAAGUUGAAAUUGAUAUUGAAUCAUUAGGUUUCAGAAACCCUAGAAGAAAUAGAAAUUCUCAAUUUAGUUUCAUCAGAAUGAUUAAAUCAGCAGCUAACCGUUUCAAGUACUAUUCUAAGUUACAUCCUUUUGUUGUCUUUUUCAUAUCCCUGUCUUUUGGGCUCACCAUUUUAACUAUUGUUUCUUUUUAUGAGAAUCGUCUUCCAUUAAUGAAUAAUAUAAGAAAAUUCGAGGCAAAACCAGAUUCGUAUCCGCUUCCGAAGCUUAAAAACCUUGUAAUGGUUGCUGGCCAUUCAGUUUAUACAAGUAGUAAUUGUGGAAAAGUUGACAAUGAGAAAUCUUGGUUUUUGGAGUCUUAUCAAAAGCAUCCUGGUCAAGCUUCCACAUUUUUGGCGCAUAUAAAGGAGGGUGUUGAAGUUGCUGCAAAGGAUGAUCAAGCAUUGUUGUUAUUUAGUGGGGGCGAGACUCGAAAGGAUGCCGGUCCUCGAAGUGAAGCCCAGAGUUAUUGGCUUGUUGCUGAUUCAAAAGGGUGGUUUGGGGAAGAAAAUGUUAGAGAGAGAGCGCUUACAGAAGAGCAUGCAAGAGACAGUUUUGAAAAUCUUCUUUUCAGUGUUUGCCGAUUCAGGGAACUCACUGGCACAUAUCCUCAAAAUAUAACUGUUGUGAGCUAUGAUUUUAAAGAAGAAAGGUUCGCCCAACUACACAGGUUAGCAAUUGGUUUCCCGGAAUCAAGGUUUUUCUAUGUCGGAACCCCUGCAUCUGAAACAUCUCAAGUAGCAGCAAAAAAAGGCGAAUCCUUAGUGAGAUCUCAGUUCGAAAAAGACCCGUAUGGAUGCUUGAGUUCACUCCAUCACAAGAAAUUGAAGCGUGAUCCUUUUCAUCGGUCAAUUCCUUACCCAAAUGGCUGUCCCGAGAUUGAAGCCUUGUUUAGAUACUGUGGUUCGUCUCUCUAUGGAGGUUCUCUUCCUUGGAGUUAAGCCAUUUCUUUGCAUACUUGUGACAUACCCACAAAAUGAGAUCUUUCCAAUGAUGUAUUCAAGAUAUAUUGUAGGACGGUGGACGGAGAACAUAGUCAUUUUUGUCAUAGAAGUAUAAUGGUAAAGAAAAUAUGGCUACUUUUAGGAAAGGUAAGUAGGCAAAACAUGUACUUGUAUGUUAUAAUAUGCAUUACAAUAUGUGAAAUGAAAGGGUAUUAUUAUAAGUCGCCACUAUUUUCAUUGCAUCGUCAUUCUUUAUUGAAUUUU